AUGUGCACGGGAGGCUGUGCCAAGUGCCUGGGAAGUACGCUCAUCCCCCUGGCUGUGCUCUGCACCCUUGCUAACAUUUUGUUGUUUUUCCCUGGAGGAAAAGUUGAAGAGAGUGCACACAUUACAGAUGAAGUUUGGUACUUUGGAGGGAUCUUGGGAUCGGGUGUAUUGAUGAUCUUCCCUGCCUUGGUAUUUUUGGGCCUUGAGAAUAAUGAUUGCUGUGGAUGCUGUGGUAAUCGGAGCUGUGGAAAGAGGUUUGCGAUGUUUUCUUCUAUAAUAUUUGCUGCCGUUGGAGUUGUGGGAGCUGGAUACUGCUUUAUUUUGUCAGCAGUAGCCCUAAACAAAGGCCCUAAAUGUCAAAGUCAAGGAGGCUGGACCUACCCUUUUGAGGCUGGGGAUUACCUUGGUGACCACGGGUUGUGGACAAAGUGUACAUCACCUGAUAACAUCGUCCCGUGGCACCUGACCCUCUUCUCCUUGCUGCUGGUGAUGAGCGGGGUCCAGGCAGUGCUCUGCGGCAUUCAGGUGGUGAACGGCAUCUUUGGAACCAUCUGUGGGGACUGCAAAUGCUGCGGAUGCUGUGGGGGAGAAGGAACUGUCUAA